AUGCUAUUGAUGUUUACAAUCAUCGUCCUCAUGAUAUAUGGGAUAUCAGUGGGCUACCAUUAUGCACAGAAGGAGCUCUCAGCAUUUGCAAUGUCAUCUAGGUCAACGACGGAACAAAAUAUGUUAAGAGGAGGCGCCGAGCAGCCAAUUGUAAGAUUGGUGGCAGUAAACCGCACAGAAGUCGAACAUGCGCCCCAACCUAUACUGGAGGUACAAAGGUCGGCAAGAAAACGCGGCGGUGAAAAGGUCUAUUUAGAAAAAUCCGAGACUCCAGUAAUUGUUUUGGAAACUGAAAGCCCACCUAAAGAGCCAGAACUAUCGCCCCAAGAACGAGAAUUGGCUAGACGAAUUAUUGGUCGCUACCGUCGCACGCACAGCACGACAAACAUUCCAUUUUUCCGACCGUUAAACAGCACGGAGCCACCAUUAGCUUCUUCUUCAUAA